AUAUCACACACGGCUUCAGUACCUCAGCCGAUACAGUGGGACGAAGAGCAGCAGUCUCAUACAGCCCGAGGCGUGAGGUACAGGGGGUCCUUUGUCCCUGAGGUGAAGAGGGGCUGCACCAGGAAUUCAGAAGGACCAAUAGAAAUUUCUUGGAUACUUUAUAGCACAAGAUACGUUCCUGGAUCAACGUGGGAUUCUGGGAUAGUGGGUCUGCGUCAGAAAAUGUGACGUCAUCCGGCUCGUGCCUGAAGUCCGAUGAAGAAACGGAGAAGAAAGCGGUACUUCAUCUGCGGUGAACAAGCAGCAAGGCGCCGUGCAGCGUCGUCGAACUAAUCGCGAAGUUUGAAGGAAUGUUAAUGGGCAAAGUAAUAUAAGGACGAUUCAGAACGGAACUCUAUCUUCCAUUAACAGAUAACAAGGUAGCGAACAAUAACGUCGAACUAAAAUAACUAGGACCAACGUAAUUUAGAUUUAUUUCGUAUUAUUCUAAUUCAAACACAGCAACCAUGGUAAUGUUCUCCUGCCUGAGUUACAUGAGCGGCCGCCUCCAGGAGGUGCGCGAAGCUCUGAAGGGGUUGCAAGAUAUCGCUUGGCCUCGAACCUACAGCGUCCACGAAGUGCCCGAGCCCUUUCGAGAGCCAGGGAUCAUCACAGGAUACAGGAGUGACAGCUGCUCUCUCCUCCAAGCCAUCGCCUCUGUGUUUACACUCAACAACGAAGCGAUGAACGUCUGGACCCACUUCGUUCCCGCGCUGUAUUUCGCGUGGCUGACGACGUCCUUCUCAACCUCAAUGGAUCUCUUCGGCGACCCGUUCUUGCUCCCCUUCACCUGCUACAUGGUCUCGGCGUGCGGGUAUAUGCUCAUCAGUUCCUUUGCUCACACCUUCUCCUGCGUAUCCCUCCUGGCCAGAUACGUUUGCUUCUUCUUUGACUACAUCGGCAUAUCCAUGUACUCAUGGGGCGCGGCCUUGCUGUGUUUUAAUUACAGCUUUCCUCUCCACCUGAUGGGAGGUUGGGCGUCCCACAUCUUCCUCCCGCUGGCUGCUGUGAACACCGUGGCAGCCACAUUCUGCUCUUGCCUGUCUCGGUUCUGCGAGGCGAAGGGAAUAAGGACGCUCCUACGCCUCGGGGCCUUCGCGGUGCCCGCCGUGUGGAUCGGGCUCAUGUUGGUCCAGUGGAUCUUCACCUGCUUCUUGUACAGCGGAGUCUGCAAAGAGACGACGCUCUCCCUCCAUUUCGGCCACAUUUUCUUUCUCAUCCUGGGAGCCACCUUCUACGGCUCCCAUCUCCCUGAAUGCAUGUCUCCGGGGAGCUUUGAUACUAUGGGGCACUCGCACAAUCUAUUUCACAUCUGCGUGGUUAUCUCCACUUACUACGAGAUGCUGGCUGGUUUAGAGAACUUGCAGUACCGACGAGACAUCCUGGAAAGCCUUCAUUGGUCACCGUCUCCUGCGUGGGUCACUCUCGUCACGCCAGCUCUCGUAACCCUCAAUGCCGUCACAGUCAUGGUCUUCACAUACUUUAUGCACCGCAAGUUGAACAGCGCCAGUUAUUCCAGUUCCAGAGACAGCGGCGCAAAGAUGCUCAACGGUCACGCCAAAUGUGCAUGACGGAGUGGAGAUCUAAUUGAGUCUCUGAUUACAAUCCCUCCUAAAUAUCUCAUUUCCCUUCGUCCAAUAUACUGUACCCUUUCCUUUAAUUCCAGUCCUGAACGUCACCGAACAAUCCGCAGGAACCUAAAGCACGCGAUGGACCACACCGCCCACCUCCCUCUGUUCUGAUCUCGACCUCUUACUCUGUCCUGGCCACACCAAACACACUGACCUCUUUAAAACACCAAACUAAGACUUUCAUACAAUCUAAAAAAAACUACCAUUCUUUCUCUCAAUGUCGCAUAUUCCCAUAGCUCCUCCCUGCGUGGAGACAGAAACACUAUAAUGAUAUUUGGCGAAGAGACGAAUAGAUGUAACAAUUUCUGAAACACGUGAUAUGAUUCGACCAAUGUUUACCCAUAAAUGUAAAACCGGAUUCAUUGUGUUGCUCUUUAAUGACCGACGAUUUUGAUUGUUCUUUUACUAGUACAAGGCAGUGCCACUGGGUUUAAAUAAAUGGUAUUGUUGAUUUUUCUCUGUUUGUCCGCUAUGUUAUUGUUUAUCAUAAAGAGCAUUAAACAUAUAAUUAUC